CAUUUCAACGCUGGAAUUCCGCUGGCCUGCCUUGUAUUGAUUCUGUUGGUUGAACCUAUUGGUGCCCCACGUGCUCCAACGUGGGAUUCCUGUGGAUGUUACUGGGACCCAUGGAAGCCGUGGUCUGAAUGUACAGCCAGGUGCUAUGGUACACAGUACCGUACUCGAGGUGUCUGGCACGAUAACGUACCUGAAUGCGAUUCAUUUGAAGCCUGCGCUAGCAACGACAUGGGCUCGGAGAGCCAGACGUGCAAUAAAGUGUGCAAUAAUGGCGUGUACAAUGGUUAUCCGUGUAGAUGCCACCUUGGGUGGAAAGGAAGAUGCUGUGACACAGUGGUGACAUGCGGAUCGCCGGGGUCGAUAACUAAUGGCCGGGUCUACGGUAGCAACUACAACUACGGCAACAUCGUGAGGUAUUCUUGUAACCAGUACUACAACAUGAGCGGCAACAGUCAACAGGCGUGUCAGGAUAACGGGAUAUGGAGUGGAGCAAAGCCAAGAUGUAUAUUUGUGAACACGUGUGCCAGUAACCCGUGUCAGAACUUUGGCACGUGUGUGGAUGGACUUGACGAGUACACCUGUAGAUGUCCACCCGGGUACAGCGGAGUACACUGUGAAAACGAUAUUCAACCGCCUGUAUUUACAAACUGCCCACAAAACUUUACUGCAUAUGCUACUGCCUCAACCCUGAACGUGACAUGGGAAGUUCCUCGAGCAUCAGACCCACUGGGUCACGAGGUGACCGUCACCACUAAAUACCCGGAUGGCUAUGCCCAACUUCCGUGGGAUGAUUUCACCGUGCAGUACGUGGCCACGAAACCGUUCAAUGGACUCCAGUCAGAAUGCAAGUUUGUCAUUUCAGUCAGACCGACCCCGUGUCCGGAGCUGAAUGUUCCAAAAAAUGGCUCUAAAGUGUGCAAUGGCUGGAAGACGGACAUGGCCAAUCUGUGUCUGGUGUUCUGUUCUGGAGACAACUCUCUGCCGUUUGGUUUUGAUCAUCGUCAGUGGUGGGUGUGCGGGGCUCACGGCGCCUGGAUUCCUGCUGCGCCCCUGCCCGACUGUUCAGCCCAGCCUGCAGUGGAUAAUGGCGGAGAUGGGUUGGAUGUUGGAGAAUAUCGCUACACGAGUUGUCCCAGCGAUGGGAGCAGGAUGAGGAGCACGUACGUGGAGAAGCUGAAGCAGUCAGAGUUCAGCUACUUGUGUGAGAAGAACGAGGAGGAUUGCGUCCCCGACAAAGUCGCUCUUCAGUGUGCACAGUGACGUAAUUACGUCACAGGGGAAUGUUCUCUAAAUAGCAUGUAACCAUUGAUACUUGACUUCUUCCAAUAUGAAUAUAUUUAGAUACGUUUCAGUAUGUAAUAUUUAUUUUUUAUGACUCUAAUGAAGAUGUUGUCAUUUUCAAACAUCUCGGCACAAAACUUUCUGAACCUCUAUUAGAUUAUGAAUAACACCAGACUGUUUCACACAAACUAUAGAAUCAGGGUUUAAAUUCUGGUUAAAAUUCCAAACAUCAUCUUGAUAAGAGAAUGAUCCUCGAUGACUCUGGAAUUAGAUUUAAUAUUCUUGUAGCUUAGGAAUAGCGUCUGGACAUGGGAGUAUUUUCACCAAGACUGGAUUUGGAUCUUGAACUUAAAUUAAGAAUAAUGUUUGGACUCAUGACUCUUGCACAUAGUUUCUGAAGUUAGACCCUAGACUCUUAUUAGAUAAACUCUGGAGUAAGAUACUUAAUCUCUGUUCAACGAAUUGGAGUAUCUGAACCCACUUAGCCCUAGAAUCUGAUCGCAACUGA